AUGGAAACCAGUAUCAAUAAAUUACCCUCAGUUGUUAUAACCCAGAUAUUGGCUGGAUUAAAUUGGAGAGAUAAACUCAAUGUUAUCAAAGCCAUAACACCAUGGGCAGUUUCUUUAGAAUCUUCAAGCUCUUGGCCCUUAUUAACUCUGUCCUUUACUGAUAGCAAAGUUAUUGCAAGAGAGGAAGAAGAAGAGGGACUGAUUAAUAAUUUAUAUGUUUGUAUUGAAAAAUAUGGAAAGUACAUGAAACAAAUAGUGAUAAGUUAUAGUAGAGAGGAAACCACUUCUUUAUAUCUUCUAUUAUCAACCAUUUCUAGAAAUUGUGUGAAACUCAUAUCAUUCCAUGUGUACAUUAAACCAAAAUUCUUUCAAAUCAUAUCUUUACCAAUUUUAGAUAAAUAUAUAGAAAUCAUUAAAAGAACUUGUAUCAAAGAUAUCAAACUCAGAAUAAUUGAAAGUGCUGUUAUAUCCUCAGAUUUUAAUUUGUUUCAAGAAAUCGCUCAAAAUGAUCUCCAAAAUAAAGUCACAUCGUUAAAAUUUUCAAUGUCAGAUUUCAACCCUUUUGUGAAUGAAAUUAACAUAUACAACUUUUCCUUUCUGGAGAGUUUCCCAAAUUUAGAAUACUUAGAAAUUGAUCAAAGACAUAUAACCACUGACCUAAUUUUAAAUCUUGUCACAAAAAGUUUGAAAGAACUAACUUUACUUCAAGUGGAAGAUAAUGACAAUGGUGUUUUAAAUAAGUUCUCUGAUACAAUAUGGAAGUCAUUACUGAAAAUGGCACCGUGUUUUCAUUUUAACCUUUCAUUGUAUAAUGUUAAUAUUUCGCUUGAUCAGCUUUCACCUUAUAUGCCUCUGUAUAAAUUGACAUUGGACGGAGCAACUGUGCCUUAUAUAACUACUACUAUGUUAGAGGAUAUCAGUAGAAAAUAUCAUAAAACGCUUCAAGCCUUCUGUUGCAAUAACUCCAUGUAUUAUGAAAUGGUGGACAGUCAAUUCGAAGUGGCAUUACUGAAUUUGGUAAAGAAGUGUGAGAACCUUACAAAGCUUGUAUAUGACUAUCCAAUACAUAGUUCAACAGUCCUGUUAUUAGCUAAAUGUCGAAAAUUUAAGAAAUUGAAAAUCUUGUGCUGUGAAGUGAAUUAUGAUUGUGUGGAAUUUUUAAACAAUUAUCCUACUCAGUUAUUACAAUGGUUAAAUAACUGUGAAUAUAGUUAUAAUGUGAACUCUCUAGAAGGAUCUGUGUCUAGUUUAUUGAAUCAUAAGUGGCAUUUAGUUGAAAGAAAUAAAUACUGA